GUUUUGAUCCGUGGGACAUCUGGAAGAUUUGCAUGGGCCCAGCAACUCUGUCUUUUGCCAAGAGGAGCUAAAGCAAAUCAAAAGACUUUUGUACCAGAACCUCGACCAGCUCCUAAAAAUGAUGUUGGAUUGAAAUACAGUGUGAAGCAUCGCCCUUUUCCUGAAGAAGUGGACAAGAUCCCAUUUGUGAAAGCUGACUUGAGCAUUCCUGAUUUACAUGAAAUUGUGAAUGAGGAACUCGAAGAGCGACAUGAGAAGCUGAGGAAUGGCAUGGCCCAGCAGAUUAUUUUUGAGACUUCCAUAGAUCAGAAAAGUGAAGAGGCGUGGCGGAAGAAGAGCUUUCCUGAUCCGAUCACGGAGUGUAAGCCCCCGCCACCAGCACAGGAGUUCCAGACAGCACGCCUGUUCCUCUCUCACUUUGGGUUUCUCUCACUGGAGGCAUUGAAGGAACCUGCUAACAGUCGUCUACCUCCUCACCUGAUUGCACUUGACUCUGCUCUUCCUGGGUUUUUUGAUGACCUUGGCUACUUGGAUUUACUACCAUGUCGUCCUUUUGAUACUGUUUUCAUUUUCUACAUGAAGGCAGGCCAGAAAACAAGCCAGGAGAUCCUGAAGAACAUGGAGUCUUCCAGAAUUGUUCAGCCACACUUCCUGGAGUUCUUGCUGUCUCUUGGCUGGUCCGUUGAUGUGGGGAAGCACCCUGGGUGGACUGGCCAUGUCUCAACAAGCUGGUCAAUCAAUAGCUGCAGUGAUGAAGAGGGACCUGAACAAGAUGAUCUAAUUAUUUCAGAAGAUGUUGGGGCAAGUAUCUUCAAUGGGCAGAAGAAGGUGCUGUAUUAUGCGGAUGCCCUGACAGAGAUAGCUUUUGUUGUCCCAUCACCAGUGGAGUCCCUAACUGAUUCACUGGAAAGCAAUGUCUCUGACCAAGAAAGCGACUCCAACAUGGAUCUGCUGCCAGGAAUAUUGAAGCAGCAGUCUCUGACACUUGAACUCUUCCCCAAUCAUACAGACAAUCUUAAUCCCUCCCAACGGCUCAGCCCUACUUCCAGAUCCAAGAGGGUGCCUCAGGGCCGGACCAUUCCGCCAAUGGGACCUGAAACCAAAGUGUAUGUGGUCUGGGUGGAACGUUAUGAUGAUAUAGAAAACUUCCCCCUCCCUGAUCUGGUGUCCGAGACGAGCACUGGUGUGGAAACUACAGCCAAUAGUAGCACUUCCCUAAGAUCUACCAUUCCUGAGAAGGAAGUUCCUGUGAUCUUCAUCCAUCCUUUAAACACUGGCUUAUUCAGGAUAAAGCUACAAGGAGCAACUGGGAAAUUCAAUAUGGUUAUCCCAUUGGUGGAUGGAAUGAUAGUCAGUAGGAGAGCUCUUGGUUUUUUAGUGAGGCAGACGGUAAUAAAUAUUUCUCGGAGAAAGAGGCUGGAAAGUGAUUCAUACAACCCCCCACAUGUCCGCCGAAAACAGAAAAUAGCAGACAUUGUCAAUAAAUACCGGAACAGGCAGCUGGAGCCAGAAUUUUAUACCUCGCUUUUCCAGGAGGUUGGGCUCAAGAACUGCAACCCCUAGGUCAUUAUCCUUCCAGGACAAUUAGAUCAGAGCUUGGUGGCUACAGUAAUGAAAACAGUUAAAUAACCACAACAAAUUUCCUCAGCCCUCCAGAAUUCAGGAAAUCAUAUUCUAGCACAAGUCAGCAGAUACCAUGUGGGAGGAAUGAGAAAUGAAUCCAAAACAUUGCAGUUGGGAUAUUGACUUAAUUCACCUACCCACAAAAGAUUACUUAAUUCCGGUCUUCCUGGAUGCUAGCAGCAUAAUCUCUUCACCCAAUCAUCUAUUCCAGACUAAUUAGGAACUGCCAGUGUCUCAUUCUGUGAGAGGAAAACAAUCAAAACAAAGCCAUCUCUGCAUAUAUGGAAAACAAAAUACAAACAAACCUGCCUUCAGACAUCUCGCUACACAGACGUGUAACAGGAGAAGGGAGCAGGAUCUCUCCUUUGAGGAGAGAGACUGUUUCAGAGCAGUUACUCUCCCUGCAAGAACUUAAAAGACACUUUCAGCCCCCGUUCAGAGCUCAACAGAAGAUCCUUCACUGCUUGUAACCAAUUUGUGUACCAAAAGCAAGAGGAGGAAAUUGCCUGGAAACAUCAGGUCAUGAAAUUCAUAGCCCAGAUGCUGUGUUUUACAGUUCCCUCCGUGGCUGGGAGUGAGUCCAUCUACAUACGAGAUUUCUGUAGUGCUGACAACAAACACCACCUGAAAUUACCUGACUUUCCAACAUAAGUUGUUACUAGAUAAAAGCUCUUGGUUAUGUAAAAACAAGGUUAUGAUUUUCAGGUCUGUUGCAAAAUGUCACACUUCAUUUUAGUAGCUUGAUUUUUUUUUAAAAUUUUUUUAUGCAACUGCUUAAUUUAUUUUGAAGUGUCUGUAUCACCUACUCACCAUUUCCAUAAAAAGCAUAAACAUCACUUGCUUUCCUUCCAUUGGAUUGAAAUCUGAGAUUCUGGGGCUGCCUCCUGCCUGAUAUUUAUAGCUUAAGCAGUUUUCACAGCUUCUACAACACUUUUCAGAAGCUCCUGUUAAACAGACUAAAACAACUCGAAAAGAGAA